GGUAGGCAUCUCUAGUAGACCUGUGACGUGGACUGACAGACUGUUCAGCAGGCUAUGCGUGUAUUGAUAAUCGUCAGGGGUCGGUAUUGAUAGCACAGGACAAGGAUGUUUCUGUACUUCUGGCAGUAUCUCUACAGCAACUACUUCAGAUUUUGGUUCAAAUGGUUUCUAAGACAAAUUCAUGACAAAUGUGAGUUGCAGCGGAUUUGUGACGGAUCCAAGGAUGGCGCUUUUAGGACUCACAGGAUAGAAUACUCUUUGGAGCAUUCAAAAAACAAGGUACUGCGAUGUGCAGUAAAUAUCAAGGAGGAUGAAGUUGACAAAUAUGUAGCUGAUAUAAUAAAAGCAAAGAAGAUCAACGUGGAAAAAGAUAAAAGAAUUCAGAUAAACUUGAGGAUAUGCCUGUUGCAGAUCUCUGGGUAUAAGCAGCUCUUUUUAGAGGUAGAGGAUGUGAGAAAACAGCCAUAUGACUCUGACAACCCUGAGCAUGAGCAGCAGCUCAUGGAGCUCUGGGACUUGCUUAUGCCACAUGAGAAGUUGAAGUCCAGAAUAACUAAACAGUGGGAUGACAUUGGCUUUCAAGGUGAUGAUCCAAAAACGGAUUUUCGUGGCAUGGGCAUUCUAGGACUGGCAAACUUACUGUAUUUUAGCAGACAUUAUACAGAAGAAUCCCGUGCAAUUCUUUCUCAUUCCAAUCAUCCAAAAAUUGGGUACUCGUAUGCAAUAGUUGGGAUCAACCUAACAGAAAUGGCUUACAGCUUGCUCAAGAGUGGGGCCCUGAAGUCUCACUUCUAUAAUAUGGUUCCUGGCUUCCCUGAGAUUAAGUGCUUCCAUCAGUUUUUUUGUUAUCUUCUGUAUGAAUUUGACAAGUUUUGGUUUACUGAAGAGCCUGAGAGCAUAAUGCAUUUCAACCAAUACCGAGAAAAGUUUCACGACCAGAUCAAGCAUCUCCUCAGCAAUCCUGAAAUCAUUCUCACACUUUAACAGCGUGCAACUGUCCAUAAGUUAUGAAUUCUAAGCACUUGGUACUGUCUUAUUUAAAAAAGAAUCCGCAAACCUAUUUCAUGUAUGUAAAGUUUUGUUACUUGUCAUUUUGUCUUACUAAAGCUAAUGGACAAUCAACUUUUCCGCAGGUUUGUACAGA